UCCUCUGUGCGCCGCACGUUGUGUCACGUCCUGACACUGUCAAUGUUCCCGCCACGUCAGGCAAACCUGAGCAGGCGGCCCGUGGGCGGAGGGAGGGGGGAACACCCGCGACCUGUAGAAGUGUUAGCUCUUCCUCCUUCCUCCCUCCCGCGCUUUCCUUCCUUCAUAAUCCCCCACCCUGUUGUGAAAGGAGAUUUUAAAUUCACGUCACCUUCUGCCCUCAAAGCGAGCUAUUUUAUGUUCUGCCCCCAUCAGCGUAGUUGUUGUAGUAGAGGCUUUCCACCGUCUCCACGGUUGAGCUGCUUUCGUUUUCCGCGGGUGGGGCGGAUGGAAGGUUUGUGUAGUGAAAACAUCGAGUGAGGGGUCGGUCCGGACGCUCGUUCGUUGUUUUAGUUUUGUUCUUCUUCUUUCUGCUAUUGCGCGCGUAUUUGCUUUUUUCUUCGCGGCUUCUCGGAUGUAAUACUGGUACGUUGUACUUUUGGAUGUAAUAGCUCUCCUGUUUUACAGUCGCUCCAGCUGUACGUGUGUGUAUUUCGUUUCCACGGAGAGUCGUGUGUGUUUUGUGUGGGUCCUCUAUAUCAGUGGACCACGACCAUUCGUUUAGGUAUGGUUCAGUAACGAUCAUGAAAAGAUCCUCACCGCUGAUCGCUGACCAUGAACUGAUGUCGCUGUCCCUUCUCCGGGGGCCACAGCCAAUCACAAAGCACGGAUGGAAGAUCCCUCAGAAAGAUAACCAAUGGGAAUGUCGCAUUUCCGCGGGGAAUAUUUUAUUGAUUGAUCCAGUAUUGUGAGUGUUGUUCAGUGUAGUGUGUGCCCUAGCCCUGCCGAGUGGAGGGAAGGAGGGAGGGUUGGUUUGUUGUCUCGGGAAGCAUUGUGAGCAUGCGAGGAGGCUUGUUGAUACUUCUGUUACAAAACUGCUGCUGCUACAAGCCGCCACCGCUGGCACCAACGGACGCCACUGUCACAGUCGCAGUUGUGCUUCCCGCGUCCACACACACAUACAUACAUACCUGGAGCCGGGAGGGGUGUGCGCUCACAACAGUGCGUCCACUCGCUUUUGAGGUGGAAAAUGUAGCCUCUCUUCAUUCGUUCUCCCCCACUUUCGUCAUCAUCUGCUGAUUGUGUCCGGAAUAGCGUGAUCAUCUUCACUACCACUCACAGUGGAUUUACCUGACUCUGCGACCCCCGUGUGACGGCUGAGUGAGUGAGUGCGUGUGAUGAUGGAACUGUGUCUUUUUCUGUGAUUGUGGUCGAUAAUAAUCCUGCUCUCGACCCUUGCUCUCGGCUCAGGUGUGCUAUUUUGUUUUCGUUUCGCGAGGCGUAUAUGACAGAUGUAAGCAAUCACAAAGUGCUUGUCCUAAUUCUCAGGUGUAUUUUAUGGAUUACCUGGAUGUUCCUUUGCCCUCCUAGAUCUAGAUCUAGAUAUCUAUAUUACUUCCGUCGCGGUAAUGAAAAAAUCAAAGAGUGGAAUUCAUUACAGGUGAGCGACCCGGGAUCUCGAAUUAAAUUGAGUCACGCUUUGAAAAUUUGAGUCCAUCGUAUUACAACUCCGGCGACGAGAAGAAAUUUUGUUUCAGCGUGAAGGCCUUGGAUUAUAAUGCAAGUUGAAGUUCAAGACCAAAGCCAUUUCUCUUACACAGUUGACCUCUGACCCCACAAAUAACUGUGUAUACAUAUAUGGCCACGAAAAGGACACACGGUGAUAGGAUAGAUAGAUAAACAACCCAUCGAAGUGUCGAUGGGGGAGAAGCAGUCGAGGACAGGCGUCAGGCUACUGCACUGACCAGAUAACCACUCUUCUGUAGCGGUGGCGGUGGACCGUCCAUCAGGUCUCGACCUGUCACUCUCUCGUGCGCCCUGGCUGCACCCAGCCGAACAAUCAAGUCCUCUCGUUCAUCGAGGGGGGGAUUCUGUCGAGGGCAAAUGAGUGAUUGUGUGUAAGUUCAGCGGGAGUGAGAGAUAAGGAGGAGGAGAAAAAGGAAGAGGAAGAUUAUCAUCACCAUGUCGUCUAGAUUCAGUGGACUUCUCGGGAACGCGCAGGUGUCCGACCGCUCCCAGGAGAAGGCUUUCAUUGACAGAGUGCAUCUCCUCAAAGAUUGAAGAGACAAUUAACGCAGUGCCAGAUGGAGACGGGACCAAGAAAAAGUCGACAUUGCCCAAACAGAGUCUGCUGGACUGGGCAGAGAGUGUGCUAUCAAAAAAAUAUGGAUUGGACAUUAAGGAUUUUGGCAAGAGCUGGAAGGAUGGUGUGGCCUUCAAUGCCAUGAUCCACAACAUCCGGCCGGAUCUCGUGGACAUGGAUCAGAUCCGGCGACAGCAGGCUCGGAUCAACCUGGAACACGCUUUCUCCACUGCAGAGUCAGAACUAGGCAUUCCCAGAUUGCUUGACCCUGAAGAUGUGGAUGUGGAGAAACCAGAUGAAAAAUCUAUCAUGACUUAUGUUGCCCAGUUUCUGAAGGCAUACCCUGAUGCUGGAGGGGCAAGUGGCAUACCCAGCUUGAACAUUGACACAGCAGAGAAAGAGAUGAAAGCUUACAACAGUCUGAUGAACUGGCUGAAUUCGGAUGCUGCAGAGGUGCUGGCCACAAGCCAAGAGCCCAUUCAGGACAGAGAUUCGGAAUUCCUGGACUACUUGGGUUUCAAGACUGAGCUGGACAGGAGGGAGCCGCUGUACCUGAAGAUUGGGGAGAAGGUUCUGUCAGGUCGGGCUCUGAAGAUCACACGUGGGGACUGGGAGAAGCUGGACAUACGCUGGCAGGAAGUGGACGAGCAGGUCCACCUGUGGCUGCUCAAGCUGGACUCGAGCCUGCCGGGGAAGCUGGGGAAGCUGGGGGAGUGGUUGUACCACGCGGAGAAACUGCUGAGGAAGAAGGAGGAGGGGAUGGAGAACCCAGACGACAUGGCCGCUCUUUAUGCUGAGUUGGCUCGGGAACACAGAGAAUUUUUCAAGGACCUAGAAAGCUGGAAACAGUUCUAUGCCCAGAUUAAACGAGCAGGCCGUUAUGAGGGCAUGAUGCUUCAGGGUCGUCAGAUUGAGCAUCUGUCCAAACGGUUGGAAACAGUCACAAUGCUUUCAACAGUUCGACAGAACAGACUGGACUACACACAUAUGAGGUACAAGUUGUUGGCAUUCCUGGUGGUGGCUGAGGCCAAGCUGAACCAGUGGACAGCCAAGUACGGGCCUCAAGAAGCAGUGGAGGAGCUACUGGUGGACUAUGUAGAUUUUGUGGAGCGCCAGCGGAUGUUGGAGAGCUUCGAUAAAACUUUUGCAGAGACAAAGAAAGUCUCCGAGACUUACAAAAUGGGUGGAGCAGACAAGAUGGAGAGCUCUCAGAUUGACCACUUCCUGGAGGAGAUCCUUGGCCGCUGGAAAAAGGUGACGGUGGAGGUGAAGAGCGUGCGCUCCAUGAUGGAGGAGACCAUCAACACCUGGAAGCGCUAUGCCGCCUGUGUGGACGUGCUGACCGUGUGGCUGACCGAGGGAGAGCAGGUCAUGAGGCUCAGUGUAGAGGAGAAGGAGGAAUAUUUUAAAGAUCUUGCACAGUAUGAGGAAAAGCACAAAAUAUUGAAUGAGUCUGCCAACUUCCUCAUUGACGUUUCCUCCGAUCCAGUGGCUGCCGAAAUUAAAGAAACGCUACUUUUACUCAACCGGAGAUUCAAGGAUCUCACAGAAGGCUUCCAGUCAUUCCGCCAGAACGAAGUUAUCGGCAAAGCGAGAGCCGAGUAUGAGACAGGAGUGGCUACGCUGGAGAGCUGGCUCGGAGAGACCUCUGAUAUUCUCUCUCAGCAAGUCCGAUGUGUCCACGCUGAACUGAAAGCUUACUUGCUGGAACUUGAUAAUUACAACAAUCAGGUACAAGAAAUUGAGAACAAUUUCAAAAUAACAACGAAAACUGCCCAGUCCUUAGUCAAGGACAGUACUCAGGAAUCUGUCAAUGAAAUGCUCCAGACACUCAACGUGCAGAAAGAGGCUAUUGUCAAACUGAGGAAGGAGAUCCCAGAGAGGAUCAAGUACCUCAAGGCCGUCCUGCCCAAUGUGGAGUCCUUGGAAACAGGCAUCCUUGACCUUCAGCGCUGGCUAGAGGAAGGGGAACAACUGUUGGGCUCUCACAAGCUGGACGGCACUGCGGAUGAGACAGAGGCUAGGCUGGAGAGGCAUAAAGCAUUUUUCACAGAGACCACCUACCAGAAAUCUAUCUUAGAGAGCAAGAACAAAGUCUUCCAGAAAAUAAGUGGCACAAAAUCAAAACUGAAAAAUGUGGACUUCUCUCCUGCUGAGGACCUCAUGAACUCAGCAAAUGACAAGUUUCAGAAUGUGGUGACCAGUGCCAAAGAGUGGGAGCGUCGUCUGGAGGGCUUGGCUCGCCUGUGGCGGUCACUUCUACAGAAGCAGCAAGGUCUGGAGGAAUGGCUGGACAAUGCUCAGACCAUUCUGGACGACACAGAUGAUGAUCCCGACAGUCUCAUACGCAAACACAGGGCUUUCUUUGACCGAGUUGACAAACGAAUGAUGUCAGACUAUGAGUCGACAGCCAAUGAAAUCCUGCAGCAGCUUGAGGCAGGAGACCGCAAACAGCUUUCACAGACUCUGGCACACCUCAAGGAGCGUUGGGACCAUGUGAUGCACCACGCUCCCAUCAAACUGCUCAAGCUGGAGUUUGCUGUACCAGAGGACAAAUUUGAGGCGGCCAUCGGCAAGGCUGAGGAGGCUCUUCAGCAGCAACAAGAGCAGAUCAAGAGGAACCAGAACGUGAAGGAGGCUCUCAUCAAACACAGGCAAAUGUUUCAAGAGGGUGGCUUUGCAGCUAGUUGUGAGCAGUUGCUAGAACAAAUGAAGGGACUGUCACAAGGACUAUUGAAGCUGAGCCGUGACGAGCGUUCCCUGGAGCAGCGCUACAAGAACCACCAGGACCGCUGGGACAAACUGCGUCUUAUCGUGGAGGACACCCACCUACAGCUCAAACAACUGCCGGAGAGGUGGAGGGAUUACCACCAGAAGAUGGAAGGUUUUGACAAUUGGCUCCAGUUUGUGGAGAAACUGAUGAAAGAGAUGGGUCAGGAGGACCUCACUGGGGAGGAGUACAGGGACAUGCUGGCCAAAUUCCAGUUCUGGAAGGAAAUGCGCAACAUGGGCAAGUACCAGGAGGAUGCCAAGUGGCUGGAGCAGGCCCUGGAGGAACUCAUCAAAGACGCACCCGAUGCUGAUGCCCGCAGGGAGCGAGAACGACUGAAGGGUGUGCUGGAGCGAUUCCGCGGCAUACGGCCCCACAUGGACUCGGCUAUGGACAAGUCUGGCAUCCUGUCCAAAGGUUAUGAGUACAGAGACAAUGUGGGCAAGAAGAAGAGCUGGCUGGAUGAGGCCCAGAGGCUAGCCAUGGAGCACCCUAAUAUAGACAGUCUUGAGGAUGCUCGGGCCUACCUUCAUGAACAUGAGACUCUGCUGAACAAACUGGACGCAGAGAAGGCGAGCAUCCAGGCAGAGAUUGAGGCGGGCAAACGUCUCCAGCGCGACCGCAACGCCCCGGCCUUUAUUGAGCAGUCUGUGUCGGAACUGGACAGAAAGUGGAAAGAUACCAACGAACUGGCCAAGGCUAAACACGAGAAACUUAAACAACAAGUGAAAGACUGGGAGAGCUACGAGGGGGAAAAGUCCAAACUGCUGACGUACCUGAAGAAGGCGGAGACAGAGCUAGAGAGGCCGGUGGAGACUGUGAACCAGGAGAACGCUCAGAAAGAUUUCAACUCUAAGAAGGAGCUGCAAAGCACUUUGAACAAACUCAAAGGCAGCCUCUCGGAGAUGACCAAGCUGAACUCACUCCUUGCUGAGGGGGCUAGUCGUGAGCGACAAGGGCCACUCAAAAGCGAGAUGACGGAUAUCGACAAAAAACUGGAGAACAUCAGUCAUCGACUGAAUGCCAAGCUGGUAGACUUGGAGUCCACAAUCGCCAAGUGGUCCGAGUACUACAAGAGACUCAACAGCUUCUGUGAUUGGUUGAAUGAGAAAGAGACAAAACUGAACGAGAUCUAUGAGAACAAGCAGGACUCGCCGGAGACACAGUUGCAGAAGGCUGAGGGUAUUUCCAGCCAAGUGUAUGAAAACCAUGUGACGUUGGAGAAUCUGGAGAAAGACGCCCGUGGCCUCACGCAGAACUUCCGAUCUCGAGAGACCGCAGCGCUUAAGUCUAAGUUGACCAGCGUCCGGAGGCAAUGGGAGUCCCUGUGUGCCAGGGCCAAGGACCGCAGCACUGCCCUAUCUGGCAAUGUGGCUCACUGGCAGAAGUACCAGACUUUGCAGGAACAGCUGCUGCCGUGGAUCAUGAAGGCAGAGAAGUACUGCGCCACUGAUCUGCCCAAAUGUGCGUCUCUGGAAGAAGCCAGGGAGCUCUAUGACUUACAUCAGGCUUUCCUUCAAGAAUGUGAGGAGUACCUGCCGCUGUUUGACCAGAUGAGUACCGAGGCGGGCUACCUACUGGACCAGCCCAACAUGCACCGGGACCUGGAGGCCAUCCAGAAACGCUGGGGCAGCAUCCUCACCAACUCGGAGGACCGCUCACACAAAGUGGACAAAACGUUCGGGGCCUGGUCUGCAUAUGCUAAUGAGCUGGACAACUUCCAGGAAACGCUGGAGAAGAUCCACGGACGUCUGGCGACAGAGCCCAAUGUGAACACGUCAGACAUUCAGGUCUUGGAGCAUGAGCUGGCUCUGGCAAAGGCGCUACAAGAAGAAGCCCGCAGCCACCAGCCCCAACUGAAUGCGCUACAACGCCAGUUUGAGCAAGUACAACAUCAUGCUUCUCCAGAGGGGCUAGGAGUUGUCAAGUCUAAACAAGACGCCAUCAAAACCAACUGGAAUGAAAUCAACGAGGCUGUGGCGGAGCGGCAGAAGGUGCUCGGUGCUGCUCUCCAGCAUCGUCGUGACUUCUACAACCGGAUGCAAGACACAGAGAAGUGGGUGAAGAAGAUGCAGAGGAAACUCGACUCUGGGAAUGAGAUUUACUCAGAUGAACUGCCAGACACACAGGCAAAACUCAAGGCCAUGAAAGAGGAAUGUCAGUCUCAGGAGGCCUUGUUCCAAGGUCUACAACAGGAGUUCAAGGAGUUGGUGAGCGUGUGUAGCCCAGAUGAAGCAGCUGUGCUCAGCGAACGCUUUGACAAGAUGAUGCAGGGCUACACGCGUGUAGAGGACCUGAUUGGGAACAGAGAGGAACUGUGUGGCAAGUGGGUGGCGUACAGUGACGCACAACGCGAGGUUCAGACAAAACUCAAGGCCUUGCAGGCCAAGCUAGCCUCCCCUGACAUCACAGAAGAAGAGGUCGCUCAGUGCAUGCGUGAGAUCGAGGCUCUCCGCAAGUCCAUGCAGCCGUGGACUCAGGACGCCGACACCCUCGACGAUCUCAUGUCCACCGCGCAGAUGAUGAUCAAAGACCGGGCUACGCAACGCACACUUCACUUCAGCUCUGAACUCCAAGCCCUGGAGAACUUGUGCGACCAAGCUGGUGCCUCGGCACGGCAGAAGGAGGAGCAGCUGGGAGAGCUCACACAGCUCAGCACUGAGUUCUUGCAGCGUAAAGACGGGCUGGCUCAGAACCUUAUCGAGGUGCAGGAGAAGAUUAUGGCCGCUCGUGCCUCGAAGCCUGACCUGCAGGGUAUGAAGGAUCUUGUCAGAGAGAUAGAGGACGUACGUGAUGACAUGUACACCAACAACCCGGAGUACGAGCAGCUGCGUGAGCUGGGACGUCAGAUCAUGCACACUGACCCCACCAAGGCCGCUGUCAUACAGGCACAGCUGGGACAGGUGAAUGCGGCCUGGGAAGAGAUCCAGGGUCUGUUGACGGAACGGCACCAGCAGUACAGCGGCGUGGCCAACAUGUGGCAGCAGUACUACGAUGCCAAGCAGGGCGUCAUGAAGAUCCUGGAGGACGUGGACCCGGUCGUCUCACAAGACCUGGCGUUCAUGAACCAGGGCGACGUGAAGAAGUCGCUGGAUCAGCACAAAAAUGCUGAGUUUGAGCUGCAUGCCAACCAAACUCAACUUGACCACAUGAACAACAAAGGCGUGCAGCUUUUGGAAGACUUGCGGAACAUUCCAGACUUUGACCUCUCAGGGAUGGAAAGUGAUCUGGAUGAAGUCAACCUGAAAUGGGAGACUGCCAACUCAGUGAUUGACCACCACAAAGAGGAUCUUGAAGCUCAGCUGGUUUGCUGGGAACAGGUACAGUCCGGAGAGGAGGAGGUUCGGACAUGGGUCAACGCCAUGGUCAAUAAACUCGAUGAUAGUCUCAAGCAUUUCGACGAUGCCGUUAGUGUGGAGUCUCGGCUCAACAAGUUCAAGGAUGAAGCGCCAUACUUCGAGGAAGUGAUGACUGAGGUGGAGCAGAAGCUCAAAGACCUGAAGGAGUUGAACAAAGGCCAGGACAUCCCAACACUGACUGACGCACAGCAGGACAUCAAGGCACAGUUUGAGAAGGCCUCCAACCUGGCCAAUCAACUGGAUUCGAUGAUGUCUUCGUUCUCUGACGAGCAACAAGGUCUGCAGAAGUCGAUGUCUGACGAGACCGAAUGGAUGAACCAGCUGAAGGAAGCCCUGACCAAGUGUGAUGAUGUCACGGGCUCCACCGAGGAGCUCAUCCAGCGAUUUGACACCUGCAAGAACUUGCAGCAAGAGUUGGCAUCCCACCAGCGACAGAUCACAGCCAUUCAGGACCGCACCAGCUCCCUACAGAAGAAAUACCCAUCCUCCGAGACGGCCAGUCUGGCCAAGGACGGCGUUGUGGUCACCAAGAAGUACGAGGCUCUGGUCCAGCGAGGCGAGCGUGUACAGGACGCGUUGUUGGGACAGCUGGAGUCACAGUGUGCCGAGGCUCAACAGCAGCAGCUGCGCUGGCUCAACGCUGCCAAGGAGAAAGUGUCAUGGUGUGGAGACAUCGCUGGGGACCGCUACAGCAUUGAGGCGAAGCUGGCCACAAUCAAGGACCUGGAGGCCAGUCUACAGGACGGAGAGGCCAAGAGACAUGAGGCCACUAACAGGCUGGACGCCAUCAAGGGAGUUCUGCCCAAAGCCAAGCAGUCUGAGCUGGAGGCAAAUCGCAAGUCGAUGGAGAAAGAGUGGCAGAACUUGGUUAAACAGUUGCAGCAAACACAAUCCAAGCUUGAGACUUCCAUGGAGCAGUGGCAACAGUACGACCACCGGUAUGAGGCUCUGUCGCAGUGGCUCAAGGACACGGAGACCAAAAUGAGGGCAGAGUCGGCUCUCAAACCGGAUUUGCCCAGCAAGAAGGAGCAACUGGAGUUGUUUAAGUCCCUUGAGCAGGCUGUUCAGUCUCACCGUAACGAGUUUGAGAACAUGCGAGACACAGCCCAACAGAUCAGCCACACCAGCGGGGAUAGCCGCACUGCUUCCUAUGCUGGUCAGUUGGUCAACAGAUACCAGACUUUGGCUUCUGCCAUAAAGGAACAACUUGAGCGCUGCCACCAAAACAUAGAGGACCAUGAGCAGUACGUCGACAGACACAAGGCCAUGCAGGACUGGCUCACUAUGGCUACACAAGAGCUGCAGCAAUGUUCUGACCUGGUCGGGGAUGAGGACUCUCUCAACACGAAGCUGUCUAUUGUAAAGGACCUGGUGGCUCAGAAGGAGCAGGGAGCCUCCUGUUUCAACUCCGCUCUGGAGGCAGGAGAGAAGCUGUACCCGAACACGUCAAACGAAGGUCGCGAGGGCAUACGUCGAGAGCUGCGCAGCCUGCGUGACUCUUGGGAAGGCUUCAAUGACAGCCUCAGCGACACGCAGCGACAGCUGGAUAGCAGCCGCAUGCAGUGGCAGUCGUUUGACGAGAACUUUGAGCAGCUGCAGAAGUGGGUCGCUGAGGUGGAAGCUCAGAUGGACUCAGAUCCUGAGCUGAAGGCCACUCUGCAGGAGAAGAAAGCUUUGCUACAGCAUUAUAAGACUCGCUGCCAGGACAUCAUGUCUCAUCAGACGAUGGUGGACAGCAUCAGUGACAAAGGGACAGCCCUGUCCUCGGCCCAGGUGCAGAACAAACUGAAGCAGCUCAACAACAAGUACAACCACUUGUGUAACGCAGCAGAGAAUUGUGUCCGCAAGGCAGAAGAAUAUGUUGACGAGCAUCAGUCGUAUCAAGACGUGUCUCAGCUGUGCCGUGAUUGGCUGACUGCCACACGAGACAAGGUCGCUGUGUGCGCCGAGGUGGGGGGAGACAAGCAGGCCCUGCAGAACAGGCUGGAUCGUCUACAGGACAUCAUGGCCACAAUGGGUGACGGAGAAACCAAACUGAGACAAGCCCACCAGCAAGGGGAGAGAAUCAUGCCUCACACCUCACCCCCGGGACAGAGUAACCUGCGGCGAGAGCUGGACUCGCUGACCGCCGACUGGGACGCUCUGGUCACCCGCAUGGACGAGACACAGCAAGGACUGGCACAGGCUAUCCAAGCCCUGGAUCUUUACGAUGGCUCUUGUGAGUCUCUGAACCGCUGGCUGAGGGAAACGGAGAGCCAGUUCAAGGACAGUGAGCUCAAAUCUACCCUGAGGGAGAAACAGGCUCAAGUCGACAUGUUCAAGAGCCUCCAACAAGACAUCAGCUCCAAGCAAGAUCAGUUCACAGACUUACAGAACAUGGCAGCACAGGUGCAGAGCACAGACACUCGCCUGGCCAACUACAGCACUCAGCUGGGCACUCGCUACGAGACACUCAAGAGCCUGGCCAAGGAUGUGAUCAGGAAAUGGGAGGAGUACGUGGAGGAACACCAGACCUUCCAGCAGUCCCACGGUCAAUGCAUGGACGCCGUGGACACACUGAGACGCAGACUGCAGGUGUGUGCAGACCUUGCUGGAGACAAACAGGAUGUGGAAGACCGCAUGAUCAAACUACAGGAAUUGAUGGCAGAGCGAGACGAGAAGGCUAAUGUUAUCCACCAGACUAUUGAGAGUGGAGAGAGACUUUAUCCCAGCACUGCAUCGGAUGGCCGGGAUCACAUUCGACAAGACAUCAGAAAUCUACGUGAAAACUGGGAGGCCCUAAGAGAUGAAAUGUCUGACGUUCAGCGAAAGUUGGAUGUGAACUUGAACCAGUGGUCGUCGUACGACGAGAACUUUGAGGGCUUCCAGAAGUGGCUGCUGGACAUGGAGGUCAAGUUGAAGGAGGAUGCCCAGCUCCAGGCCACUCUACCAGAGAAGAAAGCCCAGCUACAGAACCAUAAGGUUCUCCAUCAAGACAUUCUGUCCCGAGAACACAUCAUUGAGAACUUGGCAGAGAAGGCUCAGGCUUUGACACACUCCACACCCUCAGCAAAGAGCAAUGAUAUCUGUCGUCAGGUGAACAAAUUUGUUGGAGAGCUACAGGGCAAGUACUCCGGCAUCUGUGAUGCCUCGAAGAGCAUCCUUGACCGACUGGACAGCUCCAUGCGUGACCACCAGCAGUACCAGGAUGCCUCGCAGGACUUCACUGAUUGGCUCAACUCGGCCAGGGAGAGGCUGGAGGCGUGUGCCGACCGGUCUGGUGAUAAGCUCUCCUUGCAGGGAAAGAGAGAGAGACUCAAGGAGUUUGCUGCUAACAUUCAUGAGGGUGAGCGCAAGCUUCAGCUGACCCGCCAAUAUGGAGCGACCACAUCGCAAAACACUUCCCCUCAGGGACGAGACGUUCUCCAGAGAGAGUUGGAGCAUCUGGAGCGAGAGUGGAAGGAUUAUCUCAACCUCAUGCAGCAUGCUGAGGCUUCCCUUGAGCAGACCAUGGGAAUGUGGGGUGACUUUGAGAGCAAGUUCGAGCAGUUUGCUGAGUGGUUGAAGAACAUGGAGAACAAGGUGAAAGGUCAUGAACUUAAAAACACUCUCAAAGAGAAACAAGUUCAGGUGGAGAAAUUCAAGAAACAAAGGGAAGAAAUCCUGAGCCACCAGCCAGAGAUUGAUCGGUUCACCGACGACGCCCAGAACCUGAUGCACACCAGCUCGGAUGUGCGUCUCAGCACCCAGGUCUCACAACUCACCAACAAGUACCAGGGAAUUCUUUCCCUUGUCAAGGUAAAGCAUUCAAGUUUUUUAUUUGUCAUGUCCUAUGAGCAGGAAGCUAGUUACAGAUGA